AACAUAACACUUACAAGUCGGUCUCCACCAUACCAAAGUUAAUAGGAGGUAUAAGAGUUCCUCCAUAAGGUACCGAUUCCAUCCCAAAGUAAGUGAAAGGAAGCGAUUGGAUAAGAUGAAUUAUAAUGGAUGGGUUAUGAGAAACCACUUAUGGAAUGAAGUUGUUUUAAGAUAUUUUGGACGCUUAUUGCAUCACGUUUCAAAGUACUGGAAUCGUUUUUCUCAACAGGAAGAGAGUAACUUUGCGAAUGUGGGAAGCUUUUAUGGGAAUGAUGAUACUACGAGUUCCUGCAAAACGCUUGGUCAAAUAGGUUUACUACAAGUUGCUUUUUAUAUUUGUGUGAUUGCAACUUUGUGGCUAUUGGAAAGCAUAUUUGGUUUUCCCUUUGAACAAGUUUUCCGUCAAGUGUUUUCCUAUGAAGUUUGGAAGACAUCCACCGCACAAGGCUUUCUGGUUCCUUGUGCUUUUUUGUUGAAUAGCGUUUGGAUGGCUGCGUGGCUGUUGAUAAUUGUAAAACGUGCCAAAAAGUGUCUGGACUUUGUUAUUACUAUGUAUUUGUUACACUUUGUAUUUUGUACGGGGUUUUAUAGUUUUCCCUAUUCUUGGAGUUGGUGGUUAUUUAUGUUGAUACAAGUAUCUAUUAGUACAUUACUUGGAGAGCGUUUAUGUAUGAAGAGAGAGUUACAAGAUAUUAUGUUGAUUCCUUCCGUAGAAGACAAUGGAACGCCACUUUCUCAAAUCAUCACAAUAGAAUCCAAUCAUCCUUCUCAUAGCACUUCUCAAGACGCUUAUCGGAAGAAUUGAACAGCACAGCAGGACACGCCAAAUCAUUCUUUU